CUGUGACUCCAGCGCCUCCUGCAGCGCGCCCAGCUCGGCCAAGGAGAAGGGCCCAGGCCUGCGCCCCUGCCAUGGCGAGGACCAAGCAGACCGCCCGCAAGCAGAUCGGCGACAAGGCGCCCAGAAAGCAGUUGGCCACCAAAGUCUCCGGCAAGCUUGUGCCCCCUCUGUCAGGGCUGAAGAAGCCCCACCGGUACAGGCCGGGCACCGUGGCGUUGCGGGAAAUCCGACGUUACCAGAAGUCCACGGAGCUUCUCAUCCGCAAGCUGCCCUUCCAGCGCCUGGUGCGGGAGGUGGCUCAGGCCCUCCUGCCAGACCUGCGCUUCCAGAGCGCGGCAGUGGGUGCUCUGCAGGAGGCCAGCGAGGCCUAUCUGGUGGGUCUUUUUGAAGACACCAACCUGUGCGCUAUCCAUGCCAAGCGUGUCACCAUUAUGCCCAAAGACAUGCAGCUGGCACGCCGCAUUCGCGGAGAGCGCGCUUAG